CUGCCUUCGCAAUGACUCCCUCGACUCCCCAGCGCGCGAACCGUUCUCCCCAUUCUCACUCCCAUUCUUUCUCUUACUCCCAUGUUCGCUCUCCAUCGCCUGCAACACCGUACACGCCCCUGAGCCUGCGCUCUUUCGCGUCUUCGAACCCUUCCCCAGCAUUGACAACCCCGGCCAGCAUCAGAAACUUGCCUGCUGGCUUAAAACAUCUCCAUUUUUCCUCUCCUCAGGUCGCAAAAUCAUACACUUCAUCCCCGAACGUAUCCAGGGACCAGAGCCUCGCUGAUCUCGCUCGUAACUGGCGCUCUUGCGCUAGUAAAAAUGGUAUCAAGGUAGCGACAUGCGACGCGUCGCAAUUUGUUGACGAUGAUGUCACCGAUAUGUCGUUCGGUGAUGUCCAUGAUUCUAGCUUCGUCACAGCUGAAGAAGCUCUCUUACCUCCGCCCUUUCUCUCAAACAACCGUCGCCGUGCUCUCUCGACUUCUCAAGCGCCUGCAUCUCUCGCGAUGAAUGAAAGCCAGCAAAUGAUUCCAACCUCUCCUCUCACGUACAACAACAGCUCAACUCUGAAAAGCACCAUAACGGCAACACCUCCGCCCAACCGCAAUUUAGCACGCCAGCUCAAACUAAGGGGCAGCCUGACGGAUCCAGCGCAUACAAGGAGGCGCGAAGCUUUUGGCGUCGUCUCCAACACGCCCCAACAAAUGGCCUCAUCCACGAAUCUAGACCUUUCAUUGGAUUUGUUUGAUAUCGACGAAAAUGAUGUUGAGCACGAUUAUGACUAUGACUAUCAACUCGAAAUCGAAACCUCUCGUACCCAUGAACACCUCUUGCCACGCCACGAUGACACACAGUCGCAGUACCAGCAGGAUUAUGUCACAUACCACCUACGUAACAAUGCGCCACCUCCCGCCCCGAUAAUGCCUGUAUAUGGCCAGCCAAACUUUGCCGACCCUUUCAAUGCCGCUGGCGGCGUUGGAACUGGCACUGGGCUAAACAACAGCAUCGCACAAAGCGUGGAACAGCAUUUCCAGCAAUACCGCAGUCAAUAUCCAUUCACGCGCCAGUUGUUGCCCUAUCAGGAACAUUCCCUUCCCACUAUUGGAGUUCCUCGAACCAACGCUAACCUGGAGCCUGGCCACCUUUCUAUGCCUCUGCCUGUCACUCAAUCAAAGUCAUCCACCCAAGGAUCCUACCAUGUGCCUAUGAAGACCCCCGUUCCUGAGCCACCGAGCAACCCUGUGUCAUGCUCAGUUUGCUCGCGUCACAACCCACCUCGUUUGGCUAUCCUCGUACCCUGCAAUCACCCUUUGUGUUCAGCGUGUUUAACUAGCGCGCUUAACAUCGUGGGGGAAAAGGAUAUGGAAUGUGCAGUCUGUAAAAACAGCGUGGAAGACUUCAAGCUGAUCAGCGGGUCUGGUCCAGUAAAGAAAAAGUCAAAGACUGAUCGUCGGUCCUUUGGCUCAGUUGAAAGCAACGGUGACCAGAGAUCGGGCUGCGAUGACGAACAAAUUUGCAGAGGUAAAGGCUUCAUGGACCCACUAUUUUCUUCUCCCGGCAGUGCGGUCAGCACUGGUUUUACGGGAGGUCUGGAAAGCGCCUUCGAAUUUGGAGGUCAAGCGUUCUUCACAAAUGAUGACGUUAGGGCGAGCACUCCUCCGCCUGCUACCCUAAGACGCCCUCUUGACCAUGACCACAGCCCCAGACGCCAGAGCCUACUAAAAGACCAUGUUGUUUUGCGCAUUGAUAAUGUUCCCUGGGAUAUUACUCCUCCGAGCAUUUCGGCUUGGUUGCAGCAACCAGUUGAACGUGUCCAUGUCCUAUUAGACCGCAAAGGAAAGACUAUGAGUCAUGCCUUUGUUGAAGUUCAAUCUGAGGAGAUUGCGGCGGCUAUUCUUCGUGGCGAAACAUCACCUUCCUCCAGGGUAAGAGGAGAUAUGAGUUCUAGGGUCGGGGCUGGUAGAGGUCGAGGAAGCGUCCUUGGCAAGGGCCGAAGGGCCAGAGGCGUCACUGUUACAAGAAGUUCUCAGGAGGAAUUGAUGGCUGCUUUGUUUCCAUCAUGGCGUGGUGCAUUCGAUGGUUCUCAUCCAUCUCUUGCAGGGUUGAAUAACGACCGUGUCAUCGGUGCUCUAGAAUAUGGGCUUAUGACGGACGCUGAAGUUUCCGCCCUCUUGUACCUUAUUCAGUCCCCAGAUGCACAUUUUCUUAAAGUCCCCUCCUUGCCCUUCCACUCGCUUAUUAGCGUUCUCAGUAAAUUUCCAGCUGAUGUAGACAGCCGCGUGUUCUGGUCAACAGGAUUGAGAGACAUACUAUAUGACGUCACAUACUCUGCCGCCCAAGUCUUAUUAGGCCGCAUCAUGCAAGAGAAGGAAGGCCUUCGAGAUAAUAGUGCCUCUCUAGAGUCGAGUGCCGUCUUGCUGGAAGAAGUCGUCAGAACUGCCACGUCUUGUCAGGCCUUUACGCCGCAGCAAAUGAGCAAAAUAUCUGAAGCACUUGAAGCUCAACCCCCCUCCUCAAUGUCCGACUGCAACUCUUUGUCCUCGUAUAACUCAGACGCCGAUAUCGAAGAUGAGGACGGUGAAGCUGAAAGUGGCUACCGUACGCCGAGCAGCCUCGCUAUUGCCUCAAACUCUGCCGCAACUCGUAAUGAUGAGCACCCUGCAUCGCCACUGAGUGAUCAUGAACAGCUCGCUGCAGUACAAAGCGUUGAUCAGAUUGACGACCUUGCUCGAGAGUUUGGUGUUGAAGCCGACUUGGUACAGGCACUUGCAAAGAGACUCUCUAGCUCCGGUUUACGUUGAUUUUCUCCAUUGCAUCCUUCCCCUUAGCUGUUCGGCGAUGAUCGGUAUUACGUUCUUUUUUUUCCGUUUAGUUAAAUAAUCCUUUAUGAAUACUCUAUAUUCCUUAACGCCCUGGAACCUGUCGCUGUCCACUGCUACUUGCCUUGCUUUCCAACCCUGUUAUCCGCUUUCCUUGUUUGUGGUCACUCUGCACUGUUGUUAUGUAGCCCUCCCAUCAUCCCUUAUGUUCAAAAUUGUGGAAUAGUACUUAUCAUUUUAUAUGUCACCUAACGGAG